CGCGAGGCCAGGCCGGCGAGCCCGCCUCCGCCCCGCCUUCCCUUCGUCUCCCACCAACAUGGCUGCGGCCGGCGCUUGCCCCGCCGUGAAGAUUGGAAUUAUCGGAGGGACCGGUCUGGAUGAUCUGGACAUAUUAGAAGGUAGAACAGAAAAGUAUGUAGAUACACCGUAUGGAAAGCCAUCUGAUGCUCUGAUUUUGGGAAAGAUAAAAAACGUUGACUGUGUGCUCUUGUCCAGGCAUGGAAGACAUCAUACUCUUAUGCCAAGCAGUGUCAACUACCGUGCCAAUAUGUGGGCACUGAAGGAAGAGGGCUGCACUCAUUUGCUAGCAACUACUGCUUGUGGUUCCUUACGAGAAGAGAUUCAGCCUGGAGACAUUGUCAUAAUAGACCAGUUCAUAGACAGAACAACCAAACGGCACCUCACUUUUUAUGAUGGGAAUCAUUCCUGCCUUCCAGGAGUGUGCCAUGUUUCUAUGGCAGAACCUUUCUGUGCCAAGACAUGAGAAGUCCUUAUGGAUGUAGCCAAGAAGCUUGGAAUCAAGUGCCACUCGAAAGGGACAGUGAUCACAAUUGAGGGGCCACGCUUUAGUUCUCGGGCUGAAAGCCUGAUGUUUCGGAGCUGGGGAGCAGAUGUCAUCAAUAUGACUACAGUCCCCGAAGUGAUUUUUGCAAAGGAGGCUGGAAUCUGUUAUGCCAGCAUUGCUAUGGCAACUGACUACGACUGCUGGAAAGAACAUGAAGAAAUGGUAUCGGUAGACAAAGUGCUGAAGACAUUGAAGGAAAAUGCUAAUAAAGCAACAAGUUUACUACUUACUACAAUUCCUCAGAUUGGGUCCAUGGACUGGACAGAGACCAUGCAGAACCUCAAAAAUUCUGUGCAGUUGUCUGUUAUUCUGCCGAAACAUUAAAAGCAUGAGAAGACAUUCAAGACACAUGAGACAUAUCUUCUGAGAACUCGACAACACCCUGAAAAAUACGGUUAUACAUGUCACAUCAUUCAUUCUUGUCAUGCUUCUUGUUUGGGCAUAAAAUCUUGCCAAGAUGAAGGACCAGACCAUCCCCACGAGGCUAGGAGCCAAUUCAUUAUGAGACAUGACCUUCUGGAGAAUAGGAGUUUAAUAGUAUAUACUUAGCAAUCAUACUUUAGAGACCAGAGGUUUAAAAAUAUGGUAUCAAGGGCUAAGCUUCAGAUUCACCUUAUGAGCUCAUCACUCAUCUUGAAGAAGCAAAGGCAAGGUUAUUAUACAGAAUCAUAGAGUAAUGGAAUUGGAAGAGGCCUAUAAGGCCAUUGAGCCCAAUCCCUUGCUCAAUGCAGGAAUC